AUGAACUUGCUCGCCUUCCUCGUCGCCCAGCUUAUCGCUGCCGCCAGCGUCCUUGCGACCACCAACCUCGGCACACCAUGCCUGGCGGCCUGCUCCAAGUGGUCGGCCACUCUGAGCCAGUGCCAUACCAUCUACGGCAUUUCGCCCAACAUCAAGGGAUACGACUACUCGAAUGCCUUCCUCGGUUGUCUCUGUGUCGGUACAUAUGAGAGCGGUACCUACGGCAACGACACCAUGAACGAAGCUGCAAGCUUGUGCCAGUCGUGUUCCACCACUCCAAAGGAGAUCAAAUCCGACCUCUCAACCUUCCUGACCCUUUGCGCCGUCCAGGCAACAAACGGAACUGCCGGCAACGCCACCACCUAUGCGCCUCUGUCCUACAUCACCGCCGACGACCCCGACACGGGAAUCACCGCCGCAAUCACCUCGGCCGGCGUCGUCGCUGUCUCGGCUCCCACGCUCGGGCUCGCGGCGUCUGCUUCCCUCGUCGUCAUCCUGGCAGCGUUCGCAGCGGCCUGA